CUGCCGACAGAGAGGAAAAAGGAGCAAAGAAGCAAACACGACAAGCGUGAUCCAGCUCUAAGUCUGUUAGAAAAUCAUUGUUCGAGGAAGACCGCACAGGGACACAGUAAGAGUGAUUGGUACCAUGAUGAGGACGCGCCCCCUGCUGGCUGUGCUGCUGCAGUUCCUCUGCUCGUGCCAAGCCGCUCCAGGCUAUUCCAACGGCUUCUUUUACCAUGACAUUAUGAACGGCAACGGUAACGGAGAAAUUUAUUUCAACGGGGUGCGUCUUCAUGUGGAGACGACCGAUACGCCGGUGUCUGCCGUGCGGGGGAGCAACGUCACGCUGCCCUGUCAUUACCGCUACGAACCCAAGCUGAGCGCCCCCCGCAGGACCCGCGUGAAGUGGUCCUGGCUGCCGUCUGUCGGGGGCCACGAAACAGACGUGAUCGUCGCAGUCGGCAACCGGCACCGCAGCUACGGGGACUUCAAAGGGCGCGUACACCUGCGGCAGGAAUCCCCCGGCGAAGUGUCCUUGGUCAUCUCCGACCUGCACCUCAACGACACCGGGCGAUACCGCUGCGAGGUCAUCGACGGUCUGGAGGACGAGAGCGCCAGCGUGGAUCUGGAGUUACGCGGAGUGGUGUUUCCUUACCAGCCCCUCAGGGGGCGAUAUCACCUGAACUUUGUGUCAGCUCAGCGGGCAUGCGAGGAGCAGGACUCGGCGCUGGCCACCUUCGAGCAGCUGUUCACAGCCUGGGAGGAGGGGUUGGACUGGUGCAACGCGGGCUGGCUGGCGGACGGCACCGUGCAGUACCCCAUCACCCUGCCGCGCAAGCCCUGCGGGGGCCUCGGAGUCGCGCCGGGCGUCCGCAGCUACGGUGCCCGUCACCGGCAGCUGCACCUGUACGAUGCCUUCUGCUUCUCCUCCUCUCUCCGAGGGAGUGUGUACUUCCUGCAGCACCCUCUCAAGCUCAACUUCACUGAAGCAGUGCGGGCCUGCAAGCAGGACGGGGCCGAGAUCGCCAAGGUGGGCCAGCUCUACGCUGCCUGGAGGUUCAUGGGCCUGGACCGCUGUGACGCGGGGUGGCUGGCCGACGGGAGCCUGCGCUACCCCAUCGCCGUCCCCCGCCCCAACUGCGGCCCCCAUGAGCCAGGAGUGCGCAGUUUCGGCUUCCCUGCCCAGAGCCAGAAAUACGGUGUCUACUGCUAUGGCUCCCGGUAAACCCCUGCUUCUCUGCAGUCUGAGUGGGGGGAUGAAUUAUCCUUUUUCCCAUCAGUCCGUGGGAGGGGGUGGGUCACCGCUCCACUCACCUCCAACUCAGCUUCUCUAGUGUGUUUAUGUCAAUGGAAGUGUGCCGCCUGUGGGUGGGUGCCUUUAGUGAUGGUGCCGUUUCGGGCUUGGCGGCCAUGUUUUAAGACAUCCCGGUGGCAGGGCUGCUGAGUUAGAGGAAAUGACAUGAACCGUACUGGUGUAAAUACAAAACAGGCAGCAAGAUUCACUGAGACAGGUUCGAGUGAACGCAGGCUCAAACACCCAGUGUAAAGCACAUGAGCGUUCACUAAUGUUCGCAUGAACCAGACCACACACACAGUGCUAGGACUCAGGUAAAUGAAACAAAAAGGACUACACAACAAAUGGUUAUGAUUUCGGUAGGGACAUAUCUUUAUGGAAGCAUUCUCAUGACCCUUGAACUGUUAAGCAGAUACCCUUAUUAGGAUUUACAUAGCUCACAUUUUUGACAUUACAGUUUUUUACGGAAGGAUCUUUACUGAACCAAUACGUGGUACAACGGCAGUUUCCCAUUUGGAAUCUGUCUCUACU